UCUGUCAAUACGUGAAAGCUUAUUUCUCUACAUCUACCAGGAGCAUCUCUACAUCUACAACGACCUGACUCACUCGUAAUCAAAUAUCAACAUGUCUCAACUUGUCGGCAAAUGGAAACUCGACCGAAGUGAAAACUUCGAGGAAUUCCUGAUGGCCAUAGACGUUGGAGCCAUACAGAGAAAGGUGAUGAGCAAAGUGUCGCCUGUAACCGAGAUCACCAACGACGACCAAGGAAACUGGAAAAUCGAAAUCAGCACAGCCAUCAAAACGAAUGUGAGCACAUUCAAACUGGGGGAAGUAUUUGACGACUGCAGCCCAAGUGGAGGAACUAGAAAGGCAAUAGCGUCACUAGAGGGCGACACUUUGGUUGUGAAUCCACACGAGGACCCAGAGGGAGCAACAAUAACCAGGGAAAUCGUGGACGGUGAAUUGGUGAUGACACUUGCCAAGGGAGGUGCAAUAGCUAAGCGAUUCUUCAAGAAGGCUUGAUAUGUGAAUAUCACGUGUAUUAGACAUUAAUCGCAAGAUGACCUGACUACCAUUCUUUUAUUUAUGACUCUUAUCUAUGAAAUUUACAACAAACUCUUGGAACAAAACCUGAUGGUUAUUUCGACGUGAUGCUCAUUGUACAAUAUAUCGACACGACAAGUCUUGUUUCUAUGACAACUCUGUUUGUUGGAACACAUUUCAUUGUGGCAUAAGCAAUCAAUCAUGUGAUGUGAAUGUUUACACACGGAUGUUAAAAGCGACUGAGUGGGGUUCCCAUCAUUGAAAAAAAAUGUCUUUAUUUGGUCGACUGGGCUCCGCAGUGUAUCAUUUGCAAACUGUUGAUAUAAACUAGUAAUAUUUUAAAUAAAAUGAAUUGUCAUGUACAUUCAUUGCAACAUUAUAGAAGCCAUUGUGGUUCUUAGUGAUUAAGACAUAAAUGGCCGAUCGACUCUUUGUCAUUCGUCCCCAUUCGUCCAUUUAUCUGAAAAUUAUCAUAUUCAUGUAUUAAUUUAUUAUGACUUAGAAAUAAAUGGUCGUCAUAAAAUCCA